AUGCUUUGCAUUCCAGAGGUUUUAGACAGCUUCGAAAAUAUAAACCUGGACUCGUUCAACCUAGCAAUAGAAAAUAUACAGGAUAAAGAGCUUUUCCGGACUGGAGAGGAAAAAAUGACACGAAAAAACAAUAUCCUAAAAUUUCUGUACGCGACAGCAUCGGGAUCUAACUUUGGGAAGCUCGCAGAAAACAUCAAUCGCCGUGCACAUAACAAGAGCAGCUUUCAUUCAAAGAUGUUUUAUGAGGCCUACUCGGCGCUUUCCCUGUUUAUAGACACAGCAUGCCCUACUACAGAAGAAAAUGACUGUCCGCAGCAACCGGCCUUACAUAAAAAGCCAAGCACACAAAACGCAAUGCAACCGCAAAACUGCAGAUGUUAG